AUGGAUCCGAAACUUGGUUUCAACUUGUACAAUCUGCCCGGGCAGAGCGCGAAGCAGAAGAAGAAGGUACCCGACAAAGCAACCGAUUUGAUCAAGCUCACCGAUGCACAGAACAAGACAAACAAAAAUCAAACUGGCGUAGAAUACAUUUGCGGAAACUGCGGGAAGGACGUAGAUCUCAAGCUCAGCGACAACGUUCGGUGUCGAUACUGCGGACAUCGUAUAAUUCUUUGUUUUUGUUGCAAAAAUUGAAUCAUGGAAUUCGUUGUGUUUUAGCUUUUGCGAUGGCAGGGUCUCCGCACGUCUAAUACCAAACAUCAACCAAAAAAACAGGUAUCUUGUACAAGAAGCGAACAACAGCGGGUAUGAUGUACGAAGCGAGGUAGGAUGGAAAAGCGGCGAAAAGGAUCUGCACUGUGGGUCCUUGCCAGCCUAUCAACAUUCGCACACGCCUACUUUUUUUUACACUGUCGACAUAGCGCAUAAGAAUACAACACAAAUAUUUUGAGCC